AUGUCAUCUCGUCCAACAGCACCGACGAUCCCGUCGGUGAAGCAGGCUUUCAUCACCAGCCAAACAACCCUUCUUUCUCAGCCCCUCGCUCCAUCCCGCUCAUGGCAAGAAACCAACGACGCGUCAGAUGAGGCUAUCCCCGACCGCGUCGUUCAAGAAGUCCUCUAUAAUCUCAACCACACUAUUCAACAGCAUUGCCGUCGCGUGUACCCUCCGCAGGCUAGUCGCAGUAUUGCUGAGCAGAUCAAUGAUGUCUACACUAAGGAUGCUGAGCGGAAGGUGGGGGGUCCAACUGAUACUGAGGGCGGUAUCGGCAGAGAGCUUGACUUGAGUGAGUACCUCAAUAUCAGAUACGAGAACUUUGGACUGACUUUAGUAGCCGAAGAUGAAGCUAUAGAAGCGUUGCCCGCUUCCUGGCACUUGGAAAAAGACAUCAACGACCAUCCCAUGGAAACUAAGCGGUAUGCAGACGCUGUCCAGCAACUCACUGAACUCAACGACCAGCGCAAGCAACUUCGAGAGCAAGUCGCACGCUUAAAGCGCCUUCAAUCUAUAGUUGAGCCACUUCAGACAGAUGAAAAUGGUGCCGGUAUUCAAGAGAACUUACUCACUCGCAAUGGCCCGGUUGAGAAGGAGCUCGAGAGAAUGAGACUCUUGUUGGCCAGAGUUGGUGGCCGUGUGCUUUCGCUGCCUGAGGAAGCUCCGAAUGGUGAGGCUAAGGAAGUCAGUUUGACUGAGAUGGGUGCACAAGGACGGAAGAGACGUGUUGAUCAGUUUCUUGCUGAUAACAAAGUGUUUCCCUCAUGA